GUCACCUCCAAUAACAACGCGUGUAACACACGCUACAAUCUCAAGAACUCUCUGAAAAGAAUCUCCCAAUCAUAAACCAGUGCUCGAGUAUCUUCAGCAAUCAGUCACUAAUGAAAUCUUUAUAUCCAAAGCAUAACAAAUAUCACAGAUUCUCUUUUUCAAGAAAACAACGAAGCAUGAAGAAACAAACUUUGCUUUUGGCAUCAUUAAACUCAAAGAAUAACGUGAAACUUUUGUGCUGCACUUCCUUCCUUCACAUCACAAUAAAACUGGAAAUUGAUGCCAUCACUUAUACUUUCCCUCCAUAUCAAGCAUACUUUCCUUCAAAACUAUCUGUAGUUAUUUUAAGUUAUAUUUGGUUGUUUGCAGCAUCAAAACAAUUUGAGCUUGUUCUAACCACGACAGAAUUAUCUCUUCCACAAUAUUUCGUAGACGUUUUCUCCAAAUUUCUAUGCCAAAAUAGGAUCCUUCUCUUCAAAUUCCUCCUGGUGUUUGGUGAAAUUAACAGGGUGUAACAGAAAAGAGUUGGACGAGGUUAUCUGGUGGACUGAAUAGAUUCCUACAUCUAGCUUUUCUUUGGUCCCAGUUAUUUCAGAGUAAAAUGUCGAUUCUAACAAACAAGAUGAAAGCAGUACCUGUGUUGCUGAAGCAGUUGAUGACAACAAGGAGGAAAUUCCAUGAAAGGGGAAGAGAUGAAUCAUUGGAUAAGAAGUUGGAGAAGUUGAGGUUGGAUCUGAACAGAAUAAAGGAUGUGUUUGUAAGAGUGAAGAAGAACGAAGAAGAAUUGCUUGACACAUUAGCAGAGGUGUAUGGGCAUCUUCGCAGAUUAGACCGCGGGAAGCUGGAUGAAGACAUGGAUGGGAUUUGUAAGAGAAUCAGAGAUUGUAGUCGCAAAUUGCUCCCAAAGGAUGGUUUUGAUGAGUCAUAUAAGGAGGAGGAUGAGAAGGGUGUCAAAAUAUCUCACUCAUCACAAGAGUUGGUGCAGCCCCAUCUGAACAAGAGUUGGACUCUGGAAGAUUAUUACCGGCUAAGCCUUCCAUCAAGAUUUUGUUUGUUAUCUCUCCAAAUUUUCCCAGAGAACGCUGUGAUAAGGAAAAGAAAUGCAAUUAAUUUUUGGAUUGGAGAGGGUUUGAUUACAAAUACAGAGAAGAAAACAGCAGAGGAAAUGGGUGAGGAUGUGAUUGAUGAUCUUUUGAAAUGUAAAGUGAUUGUACGCUAUGGUAAUGAAAAGAGUCCCCUUGUCAAGAAAUUUCAAAUUCUUUCAGGCGAUCUACGUCACUUGGAACCAAAUUUAGAUGGAGAUUUCGAUUAUAUCAGACCAUCGUCGUUACAGCUUGAUAGUAAAAAAGUUACUGUAGGUGGAGUUCAUUCAAAAAAUGUGACUAUACGUAAUAUUUUUAAUAUUGGUGCAAGUUAUCUGAAUUUCAGACCGCAAUGGACCACUGAAUUGAGGAAUUUAGAGGUGCUUCAACUUGGGCGUUGGCAAGAUUCAGCUUUGCAUCACAUUGAAGUUGGGAGUCAAGAAUUCUUGAAAGAUUUGAGAUAUCUGAAAGAGUUGAAGUAUCUGAGUCUGCGUGGGAUAUCGAGAAUAUUCGAGGUUCCAUCCUCCAUUGCUGAACUUGAGAAGCUACUGAUUCUGGAUGUGAAAGCAUGCCAUAAUUUGGAAAGACUACCUGAUGAUAUUUCAUCAAUGAAAAGUCUGACACACCUAAUUAUGUCUGAUUGUUGCUUACUGGAGGGGAUGCCAAAGGGGAUUGAGAAGCUCAGGAAUCUGGAAGUAGUGAAGGGAUUUUUAAUAAGCACUUCUGAAAAGACUCCUUGCAGAAUAUCAGAUCUGGUAAAUUUGGAAAAACUAAGGCGACUCAGCAUACUUAUCGGAAGUGAGGCCGAGAUCAGGGAUGGGGAGUUUGAAAGUUUGAAAGAUUUUUUAGCACUUGAGAAUCUGAAGAUAUCUUGGAGUGUGUCUGAUCCAAAGUAUGCUAAGAUUAAGGUCUUUUUACCACUUCGUUUGAAAAAGUUACAUCUUGAAUGUUUUCCUGGAAAGUCUUUGCAAGAAUAUUUUACUUUUAUGCCAAGCGCUUGGUUCGGUUCCACAUCGACAGAACUAAAUAUAACUGGAGGAAAACUUGAACGUAUGGUAGAUAUUCAAUGGUGGAGAGUGGAUAUACUGCGUCUGAAGUACCUUAAGCAAAUGAAUAUCGAAGUUGACGAUUUGAAAGCAAUGUUUCCUUUGCUGAAAUAUGUAGAAAUUAAACAAAUCUCAAACCAUUCAUACAUUAAGCAUGAAUGGCGCAUCUAAUAUGAAUCGGAUACCGAAUGAAAAGAGAGGUAAAGUUAAGUUCAUGUCAAAUGUUCUGUGUAUUUAUAUUUAUUUUGUUCUCUGAACAGUUGUGUCAUUUACACAAUGCUAUUCCCAAAUGUUUCUCUCUCUAUAUGUAUGGUGUGGAUGUACGAGAGAACAGAAUUCAAAGACAAGGAAAAAAUAAAUAUGGUUUGUCUGUUA